AUGCUCGCAUUACUUUGUAGUGCCAUGUACACUCUCCAGUCGGGCUCUCCCUUGAAUUUCUGCUCUCCAGAACCUUCCAUCGUGUCAUCAGCAUUGCUGCCGUCACGAUCCGGAGUGGUAUCCGCUUCAAUACCAUUAUCAACCGCUCCGAAAGGGAUUCGUUCAUGGCCAAAGGAUAGAUGGGACAGCAUCUACAAUUUCUUCAAAGAUAAACUGCAUAUUCAGCAACUGAGCCUCAGAGGAGAUGACCGAUUCGAGCUGAGCGAUGAGGUCGAUACAUCCGACGAUUCCACGCACUUAGAUUUCACCACUGGCUUGGGGGGCUCGACAAAGCAUCAAUCGUCGAUAGGGAUGGAGACACGCACAGAAUCUACAAAAUCGCACAGAUUGGCUUCGAAGAAGACCCGAUGCACAUGUACGCCCACAGCAGUAUACAAGAGAACCGUGAGCUCAACCGCGGAUUCCGUGACACCAACACCAUCGCAUAAGUCCUUUCUCCCGCAUUGGAGCUACAAGAAGAGCUCCAUUGCUGCCGCGGUAGUAUUCAUAGUUAUUACCACUGUGGCUUUUAUAGCCCUGACCGUCCUCCUCAUCAGAAGGCUUCGACAAUCCUGGAAGCGAUACAAGAAAGGGAAACGCGAUUACGCAAAUUCUAAAUACGCUGCAGUAUCUCCUCUCGACGACAACAUUGCUACCUACUCAUUUUGCAGCACGCCGAAAAUCAGACACAGCCGCGAAUUGUCGAUAUCUGACAACAGCGGUCCAACUACUAAGACAUACGUCGCGGAAGAGGCAACGAGGCUGGAAGCCGUGACUCGAGCACUUUGCGCAAACGCAGAUGCCAUGCCGGUUUCGCCUCUUGGCUCAUUUGCUGCUCCAAAGCAGUCAGAAGCCAGGCUCCCACAAGCGUCUGUGCAAGAGCGCCCAGGGAAAUCCGAAUUGCCCACGGAGCCAUGGCGGGCCGGCUUUGUUCCGAAGCAAGUGGUCGUUGUGUCUCCAUUGAAUCGAAUGGUGUCAGGGAAAGUAGCAGAGAUUGGGUGGCAAUCAUCGUUGAGAACUAUCGAUGAAUUAAGCUUGCCUGAGCCGCAAGCAGGCCCUCAAAGGCCACACCGAAAAGCUCGGCGCGAGGUCCGCAACCAAAUUCCGUCUACAGAUCAACUUUUCCGUCUUCCAUCAAUCGAGAGAAGCACGUCACCUCUUUUCGAAUUCUGA